AUGGCGACCAAUUGGGCCAUUGACUCGCAGCAACUCGAAGAACCUGCUGCCUCUGACAGUCGUGCCUCUGGCUCGGCGCCCGGCUCCGGUCUGGCGAUCUCAGAGACGCCAGUCUUCAAAGCAGCCGACACCAGACGCCUCGGACUGUCGCAGGCAUCAGAAGUGCUCGCGGCCAGGGAAUUAAUGGCGACUGAAGAGACGAGAGAACACAAGCUCUAUUUGCAGACGGCCUCGCCGCAUCUGGAAGAGUUGAAAGCAUGGAUCAGGGAGUCGAAGGAAUUCACCUUUCCAGAAGGUAAGACAACCAUUUUCCACGAGUGA